GUCAAUAAUUUCUCCCACGAGUGGCCGCGCCUUAAACGCUUUAUUCGCAAUAUCUGUUGUGCUGUCACGCUCUUGUUUCAGUCAUCGAGGCGUGGGUUGCUAGCAGUCCGAAUGGCUGCUGCCAGCGCUGUAACUAGUUCUUCAAUCUCCACCUCGCUCCGGCGCAUUCCCCGAAACUCCAGUUUUAGGUUUUCAAAGGUCCUCCUCUCCGCUUCUCCAAGUUGUGGCUCGAGUCCUGAGCGCCCUCCAGCGGCCGUCAGAAGCAACUACACAGGGAUUCGACUGGCUGAGACGGUCGAGCUUGGCUUUGAGAGGACUCGCGUCGACUCCUGGAUCUCCUCGCGGAUUCCGGUCAUAAGUCGAGCUCGGGUGCAGUCCAGCAUCCGCUCCGGUCUCGUCACUGUCAACGGCCGCAUUAUAGAUAAGGUUUCACAUAUCCUAAAAGGAGGGGACAAAGUUAGUUGCGUGGUUUGCGAGUUGGAACCAUUAAAGGCGGAA